UGCCGUCGGUGCAGUGUUCAGUGGCCAUAUUUGUUGAUGUGUCACCUCAACUGGAGUUAACAUAAGGACGGUGGACACGCUGCGUUGUGACUACCUUUGUAACAGUCGUACUGAAUGGACCUGACAUAACGGGUGUGGAAUUUUAGGAGAGCAUGGAGCAGUGUGACGGUCAGGGAGAACAGCACCCCACUCCCGAUCCUCCUCACGACACAGACGUCGACUCAGCAUGCACAGGGCCGUCACAAGUCAUCAGAGAUGGUACUGGACAGGAGCUUAAAGGUGUUGAGGACGAUGUUGAAGCUGAACAGGACAGUGUCUUGGACAGCAUUCAGUCUGAUGGUGUUGAGAGUGUAGGGCUGAGGCUGGACUUCUCCACAUCAGACCAGGAAGGAACGACUGCAGAAGAUGAACAGGAGGAUGUCAUUAACAGUUGUGACAGUGGAACCGCCUCCAUAGAUGAUACCAGGACUCCUCCAGCUCUUCCUAACGGACUUAUAGAGACAGUGCCUGCUGUACAGGACGGGACAGUAGAGGUUGUGCUGCCUUCCAGUCAUCCCGAGGACCGAAAAGUGGCCUCUUCUAGUGCUCCAGAUGAUGCAAGAGAAUCUUGUGAGUCAAACAAUACACCUUCACAUGAAGUAAGUCCAUCAGGGGAUGCUGCCAAACCUCAAGGUCUAAGCAGUCAAACUAGCAACGUGACCAACUCAGAUUUAGCAGUUUCGCCAGAGCAUGAGGCUAAUCACUCAAACUCUGUGUCCAGUGCUAACCUGUAUGAUACAGACUGCAGCAGGAAGCUAAUGUCUGAGAUCCAGCGCUCGGUUUCUCAGGAAUCUCUGCUGGAUGAGUUGGAGUCAGAGCUGCUGAGCUGUCAGGUACUGGAGCAAGGCAGCAGCAGAGCGAACCCUCCGAACGGUCUGCCCAAGGAUCAGGGCUCCAUGGUUGUGUUUGAGAAGUGUGUCCAGUACAAGUACUCGCAACAGGAAAAGGCCAUCAAAAGAUUGCUGGAUGAGAAUAAGAAACACCAGGAGUUGAUUCUGGGCAUCUGCUCUGAGAAAGACAACAUGAGGGAGGAGCUUAAGAAGAGGGUGGAGACUGAGAAACAACAUCUUUUCACUAUUAAGAAGUUUGAGAGCAGGGUGGAGGAAUUAUUGAAGGAGCUGAAAGAAUCCAAGGACAAACUGGUUCACCAGGACCAGGCAGCUAAGAACACGAUUCAGCAGAUGCAGAGGGAGAUGUCCUACCGCCUUGAGCAGGCUGGUAAGAAGUGUGAGGAGGCACGCCAGGAGAAGGAGGCCAUGGUUAUGAAGUAUGUGCGAGGGGAAAAAGAGGCACUGGACCUCCGUAGAGAAAAGGAGCAAUUGGAGAGAAAGCUCAGAGAGGCAACAGCAGAGGUGGACAAACAAGCCAGGAGGGGGAACCAGCUGGCACAGGAGAAAGGACGGCUUCAGCAGCUACAUGACGCCAAAGAGAAUGAGAUGAGCAGGCUGUCUCGGGAACUGGAAAAGCUCAAAGAUGAGAUCAACUCUCAUAUCAUCAAAGUGAAAUGGGCCCAGAACAAAUUAAAGAGUGAGACGGAUGCUCAUAAGGAAACAAAGGACAAGUUAAAAGAAACGACUGCCAAGCUGACCCAAGCGAAAGAGGAGACCGAACAGAUCCGCAAAAAUUGCCAAGACAUGAUUCGAACCUAUCAGGAGUCCGAGGAAAUUAAGUCUAAUGAAUUGGAUGCAAAGCUGCGGGAGACAAAGGGUGAGCUGGAGAAGCACAAGCAGGAACAGACAGACCAGCUGGAGAUGCAUCGAGCCAAGAUUAAGGAGCUGGAGGAUCUAAAGAGGAGCUUCAAAGAAGGCAUGGAUGAGCUUACCACUCUAAGAACCAAGGUCAAAUGUCUGGAGGAUGAAAGGCCUCGAUGGGAAGAUGAGCUAUGUAAAUACAGAGAGAUCAUUAACAGACAGAAGGCUGAGAUCCAGAACCAGCGUGAGAAGCUGAGGGACAUUCAGAGAUUAGAGGAGCAGCAUCAGAGAGAUGAGCAGGAGAUGGUCUCUUUGAGGGAGGAGGUCGAGAGUGUGAACUUGCAGAUCGCGGACCUACACAAAGACGUACAGGGUGGCCGAGCGCGAGAGGCUGAGCUCCUGGCCUUCAUGGAGAAAAUGACGAGUAAGAAUGCUCAGCUACAGUCUGAGAGCAAUGGCCUGCAGACUCAGCUGGACCACAUGAUCACUAACUCCAGGGAGCUACAGAGCAGACUGGAGGAGACCGAGAGGGCCCUGACAGACAUGACAGCAAGGCUGAAGAGAGAGGAACAGCGAAUGCACAAUGAAGUCCAGGCUCUACAGACAGAGCGAUCUGCCUUGCAAACCGAGAUUGUGCAUCUGAAGACGAAAGUAGAGGAGCUGAGAGACGAGCUGGUUACACAGAAAAGGAAGCAAGCAGCCAACAUCAAGGAUUUGACAAAGCAUCUCACACAAGCACGCAAGAAGCUGGAACAGGUGGAGAAUGGAGGCUGUGAUCGUGAGGGCAGCAGCAUGGGCAGUCGUUCCAGUUCCUCAGGAUCUCUUAAUGCUCGAGGCAGCAGUAUGGACGAUCGUUCUCCUGAGAACCAGUCGGGUUCGUCUGUGGUGGUGGUGGACAGCUUUCCAGAGGUGGACAAGGCCGUGUUGGUGGAACGUAUCGUACGGCUACAGAAAGCCCAUGCACGCAAGAACGAGAAAAUCGAAUUCUUGGAGGACCACAUCAAGCAACUUGUGGAGGAGAUCAGGAAAAAGACAAAAAUUAUCCAGAGCUAUGUGCUGAGGGAAGAGUCUGGAGCGCUCUCAUCCGAGGCGUCAGAUUUUAACAAAGUCCACCUGAGUAAGAGAGGUGGCAUCAUGGCCUCUCUGUACACAUCACACCCUGCUGACAGUGGACUCACCCUUGACCUCUCAUUGGAGAUCAACAGGAAGCUCCAGGCAGUGCUGGAGGACACGCUGCUCAAGAACAUCACACUGAAGGAGAAUCUCCAGACCUUGGGUUCAGAGAUUGAGAGAUUGAUUCAGCAGCAGCGACCAGUUGAACCCGGCGUCAGGAGAAAAUGACAAUAGUGCUCUCAGCGGAGUCAUUUCAGGACAUCACAAAUGUGGACGUGUUUACAAGAGUUCAGGUGCUCUGAAAGACCAGAGGUUUGUGGCUAACCCAGGAGGCUGGCAGGGAAAAAAAACACACACAUACAGCCUUGCUCUUUCAUUCUGAUUGACAAGCUGGGAAAAGAGAAAGGCACAUCUCAAAGCGAGCGAUUUCUUGGAGGACUUGAGUCCUCUCCAUCUGCUUGGUUAGACUGUCUUUCCAUCAUCACUCACCUGUCUGGUGUGAGCUUCUCCAUCGAAUGUACCUACUGUACCUGCUCUCCAAAGUUCAUAAAAGAAUUGCACAUAUCACCCCAGUGAUUUGUAAAUGUGUAAACCUGGAUAAUGAACGAGCGCACACAUAUGUGAUGAAGGUACUUCCACUUUCCUCUAAAUAGCUUGACCCUAAUAAUUGAGAAAAAGAGGCUUCAUGGUGCAUUUUUGAAAUCUUCAGACCUGCUCCACAUCAUUAUCCUGCUACAUUAAGACCACUGCUUCCUUUUCUGGCCCCUUAUGCUUCUGUGCCAAUUACUGAAUGUGUGUAAAGUGCAGACACUUGUGCAUACUCCCACAUGGUGGCUUGAGAAAGAGGAUAUUUUUUUGCCACAAGAUUUUCUUUCAGCUAGAUGCCAUUUUUUUCUGCAGGCUGAGUAAAGCACUUAAAAAAAAAAAAAAAAAAAAAAAAAAAAAGCCAAAUAUUACACCGUGUGCACUUUUUCCAAUAUUAGGUGUCUUGGUACAGUAUAAAUCAUAUUAAUCUUGAUGGCAUUGGGAAUAAUUGAAUAUAAUUAGCAUUGGUCUUUAAUAAGUGAGCUUUUUUUCCUGCUCUAAAUUAAGUUCUUAUUAAAUCAGUGUUGUGUUUUUGUCCUGCCUACUGAGACGAAUUCAAUGUCUGCCAUUUGUUAUAUGGAAAAACUGUCAGCAUUUAUAUUUUCACUCUUCUCCUCCCUCUCGCUGUUUUUUUUUUUUUUGUUUCAUUCUGGAAAGCUGUUGAGCGGCUUAAUUAAAGAGGCUGUUUUAAGGGAUCAGUGGAAAAGGCAGAUUAACGUUAGUGUAUUGAGGAAAUAAGUGCAAUUCUGUUAUUUCAUUCUGUAUGUGGCAGAGGGGGGUGGUGUUUUUCCCCUAAAACAGGCCUGAGCUGUGAUCCCCACAGCAACUGUCCCAUUUAAGGCCCUAUAAAGAAUGAAUUUGUGAUGGCAAAUUCCUUCGGUGGAUUGAAGCCAGACUGUAUGCUUUCUACAAGCUGUAUUCGGACUGCCUGGGGAGUUGCUGGCCUAGAGAUCUCUGCUCUGCAUAUUUAAGCGUUAGAAAGAACUGUGUCAUUAGCUGCUGCUCGUGGACUCCUUUUGUCUUUAUUCUUAAGCUUAUAUAGAAGGUAAACAGUGAAGGAUUAUUUAGGAUGUGGCAAUAUGUACAGGGACCAUGAUUUGACCUACCAGCCUUUUCCAGGUAUUAAGCCCAGACAUAUGAAUUGUAAACCUUUGCCCCUACGCUGCAAAGAGGGAUUAAUAACCAUGUACCACAGUACAACUUGAGGCCAAUGGUGGGAUCUUCACCUUUCCUCUCUACACUCCAUCAUCCUAGACACACCAGAGACGAAUCCUGCAAACAAACAAAGAGGAAAAUAUUGUGCAAUGUGAGCAGAGAAAUUUGCUUUGGAGCAUGAACUCCAAGAUAAACACUGUCAAUGACUGUUUAAGGGUCUGUUUCAUAAUUUAUUACGUUUCCCUGUUAAACUGUCUUAAGUAUGAAAUGACAAGAAUUAUCUUUUGAAGUAUGUGUAUGAGUGUUGAUCAAAACUGAUGAAGUGGAAAAAUGCCGUUGAAUCUCUUGCUGAUCUGUCGUCUGUGCUCUGUUCAAUUAACGUAGUCAGACUGUGAUUAUACAAACUUGUAGAUACGAUAUGAUGUGAUGUAAAUUGUUUUUAAAUAUAUGAAUCUGGAUUCCUUUCUGUAAAUAUGGUGCUUACAAGGAAUUAAAAAAGUGAAAACUGA